AUGAUGGAUGUGAGUGAACUUGGGGAAUCUGCCUGCUACCUUCGCCAGGGUUACCAGGAGAUGAUGAAGGUGCACACUAUUUCAUGGGAUGGGAAGAAGCGGGUCUGGGUGCCAGACGAACAGGAUGCCUAUGUGGAAGCCGAGGUCAAGUCAGAGGCUACUGGGGGCAAAGUAACCGUGGAGACCAAAGACCAGAAGGUACUGACAGUGCGCGAAACCGAGAUACAGCCCAUGAACCCGCCCCGCUUCGACUUGCUGGAGGAUAUGGCCAUGAUGACGCACCUCAACGAGGCAGCAGUGCUGCACAAUCUUCGCCAGCGCUAUGCACGCUGGAUGAUCUACACGUAUUCAGGUCUUUUCUGUGUCACCAUCAACCCCUACAAAUGGCUCCCAGUCUACACGGCCACAGUGGUUGCUGCUUACAAGGGCAAGCGUCGCUCGGCGACCCCACCUCACAUAUAUGCUGUGGCAGAUAACGCCUACAACGACAUGUUGCGCAACCGAGAGAACCAGUCCAUGCUGAUCACCGGAGAGUCGGGGGCCGGUAAGACGGUUAACACCAAGCGGGUCAUUCAGUACUUUGCCAUCGUCGCUGCCCUGGGAGACGGGCCAGGCAAGAAGGCACAAUUCCUGGCCACAAAGACUGGGGGCACCCUCGAGGAUCAAAUCAUCGAGGCUAACCCUGCCAUGGAGUCUUUUGGCAAUGCCAAGACCCUGCGGAAUGACAACUCCUCCCGCUUUGGCAAGUUCAUCCGCAUUCAUUUUGGUCCCUCUGGGAAGCUGGCAUCUGCUGAUAUUGACAGCUAUCUCCUGGAGAAGUCACGAGUCAUCUUCCAGCUGCCCGGCGAGCGUGGUUACCAUGUCUACUACCAGAUCCUAUCAGGGAAGAAGCCGGAGCUGCAGGAUAUGCUGCUUCUCUCCAUGAACCCUUAUGAUUACCACUUCUGCAGCCAGGGCGUCAUCACGGUGGAUAACAUGGAUGAUGGGGAGGAGCUCAUCGCCACUGAUCAUGCCAUGGACAUCCUGGGCUUCAGCACGGAGGAGAAGUGUGCCUGCUACAAGAUUGUGGGUGCCCUCCUGCAUUUGGGCAACAUGAAGUUUAAGCAGAAGCAACGGGAGGAGCAGGCUGAAGCCGACGGCACCGAGAGUGCUGACAAGGCUGCCUACCUGAUGGGUGUCAGCAGUGGGGACCUUCUCAAAGGCCUUCUGCAUCCCCGGGUCCGGGUGGGGAACGAAUAUGUCACCAAGGGCCAGAGUGUGGAGCAGGUGGUGUUUGCUGUUGGGGCUGUGGCCAAGGCCACCUAUGACCGGCUGUUCCGGUGGCUGGUAUCGAGAAUCAACCAGACGCUGGACACAAAGCUGCCCCGGCAGUUUUUCAUUGGAGUUUUGGACAUCGCUGGUUUUGAGAUCUUUGAGUUUAACAGCUUUGAACAGCUGUGCAUCAACUUCACCAAUGAGAAACUGCAGCAGUUCUUCAACCAGCACAUGUUCGUGCUGGAGCAGGAGGAGUACAAGCGGGAGGGCAUCGACUGGGUCUUCAUCGACUUCGGCCUUGACCUGCAGCCCUGCAUUGACCUCAUCGAGAAGCCACUUGGGAUCCUGUCCAUCCUGGAGGAGGAAUGCAUGUUUCCGAAGGCCUCAGACGCCAGCUUCCGGGCUAAGCUAUAUGACAACCAUGCUGGGAAGUCACCCAAUUUCCAGCAGCCGCGACCUGACAAAAAGCGCAAAUACCAGGCUCACUUUGAGGUGGUCCACUACGCAGGCGUGGUGCCAUACAGCAUUGUGGGCUGGCUGGAGAAAAACAAGGACCCACUGAAUGAGACAGUUGUCCCCAUAUUCCAAAAGUCCCAGAACAGGCUCUUGGCCACACUUUAUGAGAACUAUGCGGGCUCCUGCUCCUCCGAGCCCCCUAAGUCUGGGGUGAAAGAGAAGCGGAAGAAGGCAGCAUCCUUCCAGACGGUGUCCCAGCUGCACAAGGAGAACCUCAACAAACUGAUGACCAACCUGCGGGCCACACAGCCCCACUUCGUCCGGUGCAUAGUCCCCAAUGAGAACAAGACCCCAGGGGUCAUGGAUGCUUUCUUGGUGUUACACCAGUUACGCUGCAAUGGGGUUCUGGAGGGAAUCCGCAUCUGUCGCCAAGGAUUCCCCAACCGGCUACUCCACGCAGACUUCCGACAGCGGUACCGCAUCCUAAACCCCAGCGCCAUCCCUGAUGACACCUUUGUGGACAGCAGGAAAGCCACAGAGAAGCUGCUGAGCUCACUGGACCUUGACCACACCCAGUACCAGUUAGGCCACACCAAGGUGUUCUUCAAGGCUGGGCUGCUGGGCAUCCUGGAGGAGCUACGAGACCAGCGUCUGGCUAAGGUGUUGACACUGCUUCAGGCGAGGAGCCGGGGCUGCCUUAUGCGCCUGGAGUACCGGCGCCUACUUGGAGGCAGGGAUGCCCUCUUCACCAUCCAGUGGAACAUCCGAGCCUUCAAUGCUGUCAAGAAUUGGUCAUGGAUGAAACUCUUUUUCAAGAUGAAGCCACUGCUGCGCUCAGCGCAGGCUGAGGAGGAGCUGGCGGCCCUGCGGACAGAGCUGCGGGGACUGCGAGGGGCCCUGGCCACUGCUGAGGCCAAGCGCCAGGAGCUGGAGGAGACGCACGUCAGCGUGACCCAAGAGAAGAAUGACCUGGCUCUGCAGCUGCAGGCAGAGCAGGAGAACCUGGCGGAUGCUGAAGAGCGUUGCCACUUGCUGAUCAAGUCCAAGGUGCAGCUGGAAGCGAAGGUGAAGGAAAUGAUUGAGCGUCUGGAGGAUGAAGAGGAGGUGAAUGCCGACUUGGCUGCUCGCCGGCGCAAGCUGGAGGAUGAGUGCACGGAGCUCAAGAAGGACAUUGAUGACCUGGAGCUGACGCUGGCCAAGGCCGAGAAGGAGAAGCAAGCCACAGAGAACAAGGUGAAGAACCUGACGGAGGAGAUGGCCACGCUGGAUGAGUCGGUGGCCCGGCUGACCAAAGAGAAGAAGGCCUUGCAGGAGGCUCACCAACAGGCCCUUGGGGACCUGCAGGCGGAGGAGGACCGUGUGAGCGCCCUAGCCAAGGCCAAGAUCAGACUGGAGCAGCAGGUGGAGGAUUUGGAGUGCUCCCUGGAGCAGGAGAAGAAGCUACGCAUAGACUCUGAUCGGGCCAAGCGCAAGCUUGAGGGUGACCUGAAGCUGACGCAAGAGGCGGUAACAGACGCUGCCCAGGACAAGCAACAGUUGGAGGAGAAGCUCAAGAAGAAGGACUCUGAGUUAAGCCAGCUGAACCUGCGGGUGGAGGAUGAGCAGCUUCUGGGGGCGCAGCUGCAGAAGAAGAUCAAGGAGCUGCAGGCGCGGGCGGAGGAGCUGGAAGAGGAGCUGGAGGCAGAGAGGGCUGCUCGAGCCCGUGUGGAGAAGCAGAGGGCAGAGGCGGCCCGUGAGCUGGAGGAGCUGAGUGAGAGGCUGGAGGAGGCAGGUGGGGCAUCUGCCGGGCAGCGUGAGGGCUGCCGCAAGCGUGAAGCAGAGCUGGGCCGGCUACGGCGAGAGCUGGAAGAGGAGGCUCUGCGGCAUGAGGCCACGGUGGCUGCCCUGCGGCGCAAGCAGGCGGACAGUGCUGCCGAACUGGGUGAGCAGGUGGACAGUCUGCAGCGUGUGCGGCAGAAGCUGGAGAAAGAAAAGAGUGAGCUCCGCAUGGAGGUGGAUGAUCUGGGCACCAAUGUGGAGACUCUGGCCCGGGGCAAGGCCAGUGCAGAAAAACUGUGCCGGACAUACGAGGACCAGCUCAGUGAAGCCAAGAUUAAGGUGGAAGAGCUGCAGCGGCAGCUGGUGGACGCCAGCACCCAACGUGGGCGGUUACAGACAGAGAAUGGGGAACUGAGCCGCCUGCUUGAGGAGAAGGAGUCGCUGAUUAGCCAACUGAGUCGAGGGAAGACCUCAGUGGCCCAGAGCCUGGAGGAGCUACGGAGGCAGCUGGAGGAGGAGAGCAAGGCCAAGAGUGCGCUGGCCCAUGCUGUGCAGGCUUUGCGGCAUGACUGUGAGCUCCUGAGGGAGCAGCAUGAGGAGGAGACUGAAGCCCAGGCCGAGCUGCAGCGGCUGCUAUCCAAGGCCAAUGCUGAGGUGGCCCAGUGGAGGAGCAAGUACGAGGCCGACGCCAUCCAGAGGACUGAGGAGCUGGAGGAGGCCAAGAAGAAGCUGGCCCUACGGCUGCAGGAGGCAGAGGAGGGGGUGGAGGCCGCACACGCCAAAUGCUCCUCGUUGGAGAAGGCCAAGCUGCGGCUGCAGACCGAGUCAGAGGAUGUGACCCUGGAGCUGGAGCGGGCUACCUCAGCAGCAGCUGCCCUGGACAAGAAGCAGCGGCACUUGGAACGGGCACUUGAGGAACGGCGGCGGCAGGAGGAGGAGACCCAGCGGGAGCUGGAGGCAGCCCAGAGGGAGGCCCGCAGCCUGGGCACGGAGCUCUUCCGGCUCAGGCACAGCCACGAGGAGGCACUCGAGGCUUUGGAGACCCUCAAGCGCGAGAACAAGAACCUGCAGGAGGAGAUCAGUGACCUCGCAGACCAGGUCAGCCUCAGUGGGAAGAGCAUCCAGGAGCUAGAGAAAGCAAAGAAGGCACUGGAAGGGGAGAAGAAUGAGCUCCAGGCUGCUCUCGAAGAGGCUGAGGGGGCCCUGGAGCUGGAAGAGACCAAAACUCUCCGGAUCCAACUGGAGCUAUCCCAGGUCAAGGCUGAAGUAGACCGCAAGUUGGCAGAGAAGGAUGAGGAGUGCGCUAACCUCAGGCGCAAUCACCAGCGGGCCGUGGAGUCCCUGCAGGCCUCCCUGGAUGCCGAGACGCGGGCCCGCAAUGAGGCCCUGAGACUCAAGAAGAAGAUGGAGGGCGACCUCAAUGACCUUGAGCUGCAGCUGGGCCAUGCCACCCGGCAGGCCAUGGAGGCACAGGCUGCCACGCGGAUGCUGCAGGCCCAGCUCAAGGAGGAGCAGGCAGGGCGGGAUGAAGAGCAGCGGCUGGCAGCAGAGCUCCGGGAGCAGGCACAGGCCCUGGAGCGCCGCACUGCCCUGCUGGCUGCAGAGCUGGAGGAACUGCGGGCGGCCUUGGAGCAGGGGGAGCGCAGCCGGCGGCUAGCUGAACAAGAGCUGGUGGAGGCCACUGAGCGCCUCAACCUCCUGCACUCGCAGAACACAGGCCUCCUGAACCAGAAGAAGAAGCUAGAGGUGGACUUGGCUCAGCUGAGUGGGGAGGUGGAGGAGGCUGUCCAGGAGAGGCGAGAGGCCGAAGAGAAGGCCAAAAAGGCCAUCACGGAUGCGGCCAUGAUGGCCGAGGAGCUGAAGAAGGAGCAGGACACCAGUGCCCACCUGGAGCGGAUGAAGAAGACCCUGGAGCAGACAGCACGGGAGCUGCAGGCCCGGCUUGAGGAGGCAGAGCAAGCUGCCCUCCGCGGUGGGAAGAAGCAGGUGCAGAAGCUGGAGUCCAAGGUGAGGGAGUUAGAGGCUGAGCUGGAUGCAGAGCAGAAAAGGCAUGCAGAGGCCCUCAAGGGGGUGCGGAAACAUGAGCGACAAGUCAAGGAGCUCGCGUACCAGGCUGAAGAAGACAGGAAGAACCUGGCUCGCAUGCAAGACCUGGUGGACAAGCUGCAGAGCAAGGUCAAGAGCUAUAAGCGCCAGUUUGAGGAGGCGGAACAGCAGGCCAACACGAACCUGGCCAAAUAUCGCAAGGCCCAGCACGAGUUGGACGAUGCAGAGGAACGAGCAGACAUGGCAGAAACUCAGGCCAACAAGCUGCGGGCACGGACCCGGGAUGCCCUGGGCCCCAAGCACAAGGAGUAA